ACGAAACACGGUCACUUAAAAAAAGUGGAAGCAGAAAGCUUGGGAAGAGGGGGGGGGUGAAAGGCGCGCAAAGCGGGGCGGGGAUUCGCUAUAAUGGCCCUGGGCUGUUGACAACUUGCCUUUUUCCCUUCACCUAACUAAUACCUCAUGUCACUCAAAUUAAUGACAAGCUCGUCCAUAAUUGGUCGAGCACUGGCCGGCUCAGUAUCUCGAUGGACACGCACUGCUGCUACCGUUGCUAGUGAACAGCAGGCUUCUCAAUUCUCACCUCAGUCUGUUCGAACUGGCGUCAUUGCGCGCAAGAAAGGCAUGACCUCCAUGUGGGACGAGACCGGCGUUCGCAUGCCCAUUACCGUGCUUCAGCUCGAGGACGUUAUUGUCACGGACGUACGCACUGCCGACAAACAUGGAUACACGGCUUUGCAAAUUGGCAGCACAGCCAAGAAGGAAAAGAACGUGUCAAAACCUUUGGUUGAACACUUUAAAAAGUUGGGCGUUGGACUACGACAAAAGCUGGUGGAAUUCCGCGUGACAGAAGAUGCUGUUCUUCCCGUGGGCACCUCGUUGAACGCUAGUCAUUUCGUUACUGGACAAUACGUCGAUGUAUCAGCGCCUUCUAUCGGCAAGGGCUUUGCUGGUGUCAUGAAGCGAUGGAACUUUGCUGGUAUGCCUGCAUCUCACGGUGUUUCAUUAACGCAUCGUUCUGGUGGUUCAACAGGUCAACGCAAGUGGCCAAGCAGAGUGUUUAAGGGAAAGAAGAUGGCUGGUCGUAUGGGUGGCAAGAGCGUCACCAAGCAAAACUUGAAGAUUGUAAAGGUGGAUUCUGCAGAAAACUUGAUUUACGUCAAGGGCUCAGUACCUGGCUUUGAUGAUCAAUUUGUCAAGAUCAAAGAUGCUGUCAAGCUCAAGGCUGAGAAGCGCUAUCCAAAGGAAGCUUACCCACCACCAUUCCCUACCGCCCUCUAAAUAUAUACAUACAACUAUCAAAAAAGAAGCUUCAUCACUCACCACCUUUCCCCGCGCUUACUCUAACCUUGUUUUUGUUUCCAUAAUAUUAUAGAUGAAAGAGAGAUAUACAAACCACCACUAAACAUUUUGAUGUACAAAACACAACAAUUUCUUAUAACAUUAAAAAAAAUGCAUGAUUUUCAUCUUUUCAA